GUUUGUGAAGGACUUUCAGUCCUCCACUCUGCUGCAGAGUACAGACCUGAUACACCGAAAACACGGAGACAUUUACUUUCUAGAUAGUAAACUAUUACGGGGUUUUCAGACUAGUGUGUUAUUCUUAUGUAAGAGAAUUUACGACUAUUUGUGAAAAGGAUUGUUGACGCUGAGAGAGAAUUUAGGGAUAUUGCUAUUUAACCAAAGGUCUGAGCAUACGUGUUUGUGCUCUGUCAGUAUCUCAGUGAUGGUCUCCUACUUCUCUCUCCUGCUGCUGCUGAGUGUGUUCAGCUUGACCUCCCUCUCACUGGCGCUGCCCUUUGAGCAGAGGGGCUUCUGGGACUUUGGCAUUGAUGGCGAUGGGGGUGGUCUGACAGUAAUGAUGAGGGAUGAAGAGGAAGGCUCGGCUGUGCUACCCACAGAACUGCCGCCGAUUGAGGUACCUGUGUGUCCAUUUGGGUGCCAAUGUCAUCUGAAAGUGGUACAGUGCUCUGAUCUGGGUUUGACCUCAGUCCCUCAAAACAUCCCAACUGACACCAAGCUGCUAGAUUUGCAGAACAACCGCAUUACAGAACUGAAAGAGAAUGACUUCAAAGGCCUCAGUAACCUCUAUGCUUUGUCACUGGUCAACAAUCAGAUCUCUAAAGUUCAUCCGAGGGCCUUCACACCACUAAAGCACCUACAGAAGCUUUAUUUUUCCAAGAACCAGCUGACAGCGAUGCCCAAAAACCUGCCGCCUUCACUGGUGGAGUUGCGCAUCCAUGACAACCACAUUAAGAAGGUGCCUGCGGGCUCCUUCUCUAACCUCGGCAGCAUGCAUUGCAUAGAGAUGGGUGGGAACCCCAUUCAGAACAGUGGCUUUGAGCCUGGAGCUUUCAAAGGUCUCAAACUCAACUACCUGCGCAUCUCAGAAUCCAAGCUAACCGGCGUGCCUAAAGAUCUCCCUGACAGCCUCCAUGAGCUCCAUUUGGACCAUAACCAGAUCCAAGCAAUUGAGCUGGAGGACCUGAGGCGCUACAAGCAACUGUAUAGACUAGGCCUGGGUUAUAACAACAUUCGCAAUAUUGAGAGCGGCAGCCUGUCCUAUUUGCCAAACCUGAGAGAACUGCAUUUAGAAAACAACCGGCUGACCCGUGUCCCCAAGGGCCUGGCUGACAUGAAGUAUCUGCAGGUGGUGUACCUGCAUUCCAACAACAUAACCCAGGUACGCGUGGAUGACUUCUGUCCUCAAAGUUAUCACAUGAAGAAGAGUUUCUACAAUGGCAUUAGUCUUUAUGGAAAUCCCGUCCAAUACUGGGAAGUUCAGCCCGCAACGUUCCGCUGUGUUAGUGACCGCUUGGCCAUUCAUUUUGGAAACUACAAGAAAUAGAUGCACACGGAGCCAGAGAGAAGAAAGAAGGAGUGAUGGAUAUUGAACAAUAUCAAAAUAAAACUGAAGAGUGGAAAGAAAAUCACAAGAGUAGAGUGGGGAAUAAAAUGUACAGUGGGUUUAGAUUAGAGUGGUCUUGAUACACGAGGAUCUUAAAAGCAGUUUAAUAAGAAAUGGAGGCUUGUCAUGUUUCAAAUGUACAGCCUGAGAGCACAGCUUGGCAACAUGCUAGGAUAUAUUCACUCAACCAUUCACUGAAGUACCUUUCAGUUUUUAUAAUAACUGUUAUUGUUCAUCAGAUAUGUUUAGUAGUAAUUACUAUGUAUUAUUAUUAUAGGUUAUUAUUGUUGUUAUUAUUAUCAUUAUCAUUAUUAUUAUUAUAACAGAGAAAUUAAAUAUAGAUAUUAAUAGUAAUUUGCUCUUUAUGUGUAGAUCUGCCUAUAUGAGUGUCUUACUCAGUCACUGUCCCGCUUCUUGUGCUUUUGGUGUCUCUUCCUGAGGGGGUGUAGUAAGUAUGUACUGUAUAUGAUAAGAGACUACUUGUCCUAUACUUUAAAGAGCAGUUUGUCAGGCUCCAUAUGUCCAUUCAGUAUCGUUACUGAGCCUGGAGCUGAUCUGUUCUAAUGUACUGUUUUGCACAUUGCCUCUUCGUAUUCCAGAUGGAAGUUCUGGAUGGGUUGAGCCUGUCCAUGCUUGUACUCUGCUCAUCUGCUACAUUUUGAGAAUAAAAUAAAAUUCUUUAUG